CGCAUGAGCCUGAAUCAUUGCUAUAUAAUCAACUUUACCCCGAGUGACCACCGGGUUUGUUUUUUUAUUAGAGCACACAUUUCCUCGUUAGACAAUAUCCAAGGCUGCAGCAGCCAUGACUGAUAAGGGCCGCGACGUCGAUUUAACCAGAGCCAAACAAAACACUGGCGUUUGGCUAGUGAAGAUUCCUAAAUAUUUGGCCCAACAGUGGGGAAAAGCAUCUGGACGAGGAGAAGUUGGCAAACUAAAAAUAACUAAACAACAAGGAAAAACAAUGGUGUCAUUCAAUCUGAAUGAAGAGCUAAGUGUGGUUGAACAUUCAGGAGAGAAGGCCAUGUCAGUGCGAGCACCCAGAGAGCAUCCAUUCACUAUGCAGGCUGUGGGGGGUCAGACCCUGGCCGUCUUCACAGAGAACUCCUCAGACCAGGUUACACUUGAAGGCAUGGUGGUACAACGUGCUGAAUGCAGACCUGCAGUCAGUGAGAGCUACAUGAAGUUAAAGAAACUACAGAUUGAGGAAUCCAUGAAGCCACUCCGGCUGUCUCAGCAGCUGGAGAAAGCAAUUACCACCAAUUACAAACCUGUAUCUAAUCACACCUACAAUGUGGAAUAUGAGAAGAAAAAGAAAGAAGAAGGCAAGAGAGCCAGAGCUGACAAACAGAAAGUACUGGACAUGCUCUUCUCUGCUUUCGAGAAACACCAGUAUUACAACAUUAAGGAUUUGGUGGAGAUCACCAAGCAACCUGUGAUUUACCUGAAAGAAAUUCUGCGGGAGAUUGGAGUUUACAAUCCCAGAGGACCUCACAAAAGCACCUGGGAGCUGAAACAAGAGUAUCGACACUACCAGGAGGGAGAAAACGAAGAAGAAGAAGAAAAGAUGGUUUAAUAUAUUCAAUGACAUGGCUGUAUUUAUACAAUAAUGAGAAUUUAUUACUAAUUUCUUGUCAGUUAAUUGACUAACGUUGGAAAAUUGGAAUAUUUCUUUUGUUUGUGUGAAAUGAGAGGGCCUCAACAGAAAUCGAAAUAAAUGUGUCUAUGCGUAA